UUGCGAUCGCUGUGCACAGUGGCUAUAUAUUUUUCUUUGUUUUUAUUAUUGUGAUAAUUUAUUUUUACAUCAUGAAAAAGGGGUACAAAGUGACAGACGUGAAAAGGGAGAAAAAGAUUGGAGUUGCUGCAGAAAACUUGAAAGAGUUAAUUGAGAAAUCAUGUCAAAAACUAAGUUUCAAUGUCGGCUGCGCGGAGUGUCGCCUUUUUGUUGCCGAGGACGGGACCCAGGUGGACGACGACGAUUAUCUUGCCACCCUACCUCCUCAGACUUUAUUCAUUUUAUUGACAAAGAAACAAAAAAUGGUAACUGAUUUUGACUUCUACUACAAUUUAAUAAGGACAUCAAAAAAGGAUUAUAUUGACACUGGUGUUGCCGCUAAAGAAUUUCUCAACACCAAUAUCAGGGAUAAAUUUAAAGUUUUCCAGAAAUAUAUUGCAGCGGCUGAUGAUGCUAAAACCUUGCUUAGCGAUAGAACUGAAGAUCCAAAUUGGUUUGAAGGAUUAGAAUUAUCUGAGAAGACGAAAGAGCAAUCAAUGUGCAAACGAGCCAAAGAGAGAAUGAGAGGCUAUUACUACAAAACGAAAACUGCAUUAAAAUCAUCCGACUUAUACGUACAAUCUAAAAAUGGACGCGGUAAGCAACUCAUUGAUCACUUCCUCAUAGAGCUACAAAAGAAACUUGAAUCAAACAAUUACAAUGGGAGUUAUUUUAAUAGAAAAGAUAAUAGUAACUUUCGUUUGUGCUCCGAUAGUGGUUUAUUUCAAUGUGGAGGUUUAUGGAACAUUGAUAAAUGCAGUUAUAACGGUGAACACGUUAUCAACCCGUAUCGCAGCCGCGAAGAGAGAAUUAUCUUUCAAACAUGGAACCUUGAUCAUAAAAUUGAACUAUCCCGUACAAUAAUACCGAGUAUUUUCAAAGCUUUCGAAGCAUUACAAUUAGGUAACUGUUUUUGUAUAAGCUGUGAAGAAAAUCACAGCGAUGGCAACAUUGAUACAGAUAGGUAUUAUCUGCAAAUUUUUACGCGGGAAAAUUUAAAAUUGGUUCACAUUGUGUGCCAUUACAAGGGAAGACAUGAUGCCACAUCUGAUGUCUAUACAGUUUGCGAAGCUUGUUCGAAGCAAAGAUUUUAGUUUGGUUAAUAUUUGACUGUCAUUGUGUUAAAAUUCUUGUAUUUAUAUAGAUAGAUAUAUUUUCAAUUUUACUAUUACUAUUUUAAAACCUGUGAUAUUAAUUACUUUUAAGUUGUAACUUUUAUCUUAUUUAUUAUUAUUUAAAUUUAUUAAUAGAUUGAAUGAAAAGUUAUGUCAUUAUAUCAACGUUAAGAGCUUAGUAUAAAACGGUAAUGGAACUUAACAGCACAGAAUCAUCCAAAAGAAUUAUCUUAUGCACAUAGCGUGUUACGAAUUAAGAAAAAAAUUGUGUUGUACAAAAAAUGUAUUAAGAAAAUUGAGACACAAACAUUCGAAAAUGAAAAACUAAGAAACUAUAAGACUAUAAAAGCAUUGAAGAAAGUAGUCAUACAAAUGUUUAAGAAUAUUUGUAAUAUUCUGUAACUAGUUUUAUAUUCCCUAAUUACAAUUCCUAUCCCCUUAGUAUAGUACAAUAUUAAGAUAUAGUAAACAAUUGUUUGUAAACUAAAUGGCGUCGCCACUGUCGCUUCAGUGUUGCCUUUUAAAUGAUCACAAAACAUUUCGAACUCAACUUUUAUUUAAAGAAAAAAAAAGUUAGUGAUUUAUUUGAACUCUUCUCUUGUGCCAAAUAUUGUGGAUAUGUUUUAAGUAAAGGUACUUAAGUUUAAGUCACGCAAGUUCUACGUUACAUUAGUAAGGUUAUAAAUCAAUUAUGGUCACUUAGAUCUAGAAAUAAAUUUUAGAUAUUAAAUAGUAAUUUGCAUUUAUCUAAGUCUUAAAAUAAAUUUAUUUUUAUAAUAUGUUGAAAAUGAUAUUCCUACUUAAAGUUUAAUAUUGGUUUGUAUUUUAAAAAUUUGUUAAAUAAUCAAAGAAUAUUAACGUGUUUUGAAUUUUACUAUAACUAAAAUAAGCUACAGGGUUAUAGAUAGCCACAUAUAAAAUAAUUUAUUUUUAACACCUUAGGUUGUUUAUACCAUACACCAGUGUUUCUCAACCUUUUUUUGUUGCGGCGCAUAUUUAGCAAUUUCAAAAUUUGACGGCACAAAGAAAAAGAUAAAAAUUAUUUACUUACUACAACGCACUGUAUAAAUAGUUUAUGACAAAAUUUGGCUGCAAAAAAAGUGGUUGAGAAUCUCUGCCAUAGACAAAAAACUAUAUUUUUUACCAUACCAUUUACCCAAACACUAUCUACUUAUUGCCACGUUCUUUUAAAAAUACGUAACCCAUUUUGUUUCAAAUUUGUUUUCAUAUUUUAUUUCAAAUUAUACUUUUUUAUCAAUCACUAUACAUACAGUAAUGUUGUAUCUAACAUAUUUCUAUAGUUUGUUUUAUUAGUUAUUAUUUUAUUUUAUGUAAAGAACUGUACUUCAAAUGAACUUGAGGAAUCAUAUUAGCCUCAUUAUUUUUCUAUGAAUUCUAUUUUUCUAACUUUACUGUAAGGUUGAAUACUUAAAUGUAAAACUAUAUAUUAGAGGUAACAUUAGUUAAUAAAUAAUCAGCAAUAUUAUGUAGAAACGUUAUUGUGAUAUCAUACAUAUGUUUAAAAGUGUUCUUUGUGUAUAUUUUAAAACAUAAAGGCUGGUUAGGUUGUGAGUAUAAAUGUGUUUCAUCAUAUUUGAAAAAUACAAUCAAAUAACAAACCAACAUACAGAUUAUUGAAUGUUAAUUUGUCUUUAGUUACUUCUGACGCACUUAAAAAAGUGGCCUAUAAUAUAUUGUGUAUGUCAGCGACCUCAGUGAAAGCCUAGUCUAUAUCAGCUGUUUAGGAGGUUGCCCGUAAGAAGCGCGGCUUGUUGACAAACGGACAAUUUUCUUUAUAAAAUGCUAUUUUCAUUAUGAGCAACGCAUUAUCUUCCCGAAAUCUGGUAUGUUUCUUUUGACAA